AUGGUGAAUAUUAUGCUUAUUAAAGAUGAAUAUCACAUGUCCGUAGUGAAGGCCUAUUCCAUAGAACGGAUUAUAGGAGGAGAGGAAUGUGUCCCUCAUUCACAGCCAUGGCAGGUGGCGCUCUACUAUUUUGGUACAUUCAUCUGCGGGGGAGUGCUCAUAAAUGAAUCCUGGGUAUUGACAGCUGCUCACUGCAAUGCAUCGAACAUCCAGGUUCGUCUCGGAAAACAUAAUCUGACAGGUGACGAAGAAACAGAGCAGUUAACAUAUGCUGUGAAAAUAUGUCUUCACGGGGAAUACAAUAUUAUGACAGAUGACAAUGACAUUAUGCUCCUGAAACUGGCAUCACCGGCUAUACUUAAUGAAUAUGUGGCUAUCAUACCCUUGUGCUCAAGUGUGAUAGAGGAAGAUGAAGACUGUUCAAUCUCAGGAUGGGGGACAACCACCAGCCCUCAGGUGAUGCACCCUGAUGUACUGAUGUGUGCCAACGUUACCACUUUUUCUGAUGCCGAAUGUCAGGAAUUCUAUGAUGGUAUUACUGAGAACAUGCUUUGUGCUGGAGUUCUUGAAGGAGGCAUAGAUUCCUGUCAGGGAGACUCUGGGGGUCCUCUGGUUUGUAGGUCAGACCCUUCACAGCUAUGUGGGAUUAUAUCAUGGGGAUAUCCAAUCUGUGGACAACCAAAUAAACCAGGAGUCUACACCAAAGUUUUCAACUAUCUGGUGUGGAUUAAUUAUAUGAUGGAAACUGAAGAUUCGGAUGUAUGCAGAAACGCCUAA